UAAGUCGUGCUAACCACAAAUUGUUUCUUAAUAUGACGUCACAAAAACCAUCAACAACACGCAGUUAUCAGGAGGUACGGAUUAGGACAAGAUGAAGAAGGAAUUUGUUCACGGUUUUAAAGUUAUAUUUCUAGUUCUACUGUCUGUCGCAUUUCAAGUUUCUGCCGAAAAAGUACUACCGUCUAUAGGAGUCAUCGCCAACGCGACAGCGGACGAGGGUGAUGACGUAUACCUGGACUGUCCUGUUACCAACAAAACCGCCGUCUCCAAGGUCCAAUGGUUUCGGAUGCUACCAAGUUAUCUCCAUAUCAGCAAUGACGGAGAUCUGCUGACGAUAAACAUGGAUAAAUAUGGCGUCAAGGCGACGGAUGCUAUUUCAGGCAAUCCCCAGACCGUUAAUACGGUGACUCUCAUCAUAAAACACGUGACCGUAUCAGACGUGGGCCGGUACCGAUGCCGUGUGCGCAUCCCUCAAGUGUCCUACCCCCGGUGGCCAUCCAAGGACGCCUUCGUCAGUAUAGCAGCGCCGCCUGUAAUUCUGUCUGUUGGUAACACCAAAGUGGUGUCCGCUGUUGGCGAGGAUGUGACGUUGACAUGUAGAGUGUUCGGAGCUCCGGAGCCUACCAUCACGUGGUACAAAGGAGACACGGGAAGCAACAUAAUGGGACAUGGCGAGGUGUUACACCUUGAGGGCCUGAGGGCCGGGGAUGGAGGUGAAUACAGGUGUGAAGCUGACAAUGGUGUGCAGCCUAACGCCAUGGAAACCUACCACAUCACCAUCGAACAAGAACCGAUGUGUUCUGCUCCAAAACAAAACGUGAUGCAAGCUAAAAACAUAUUCCAACCUGCCGAGAUGACUUGUCAUGUAACAGGUUAUCCAGUUCCAAAAAUAACGUGGAAAAGAUACACCAUACAUGGAAUCCAGUCGAUUUUUACUUCAAAGUAUGACAUCCAUAACGUUAUGCCAAAGGACAAUUCUGGUGUGGUGUCGUCAGUUCUCAAAAUUCACAACGUCACAGGUUCCGACUUCGGCACGUACAUCUGUGAGGGAACGAAUGAUAUUGACCACUGUACAUCGGAAAUCAGAUUACUGGAGAGUCGAAGUUGUGUAGGUCCUCGUUGCGACAGUCUUGCAGAUCUCGACGAGAGAAGGAUUGGACAUACUCGCCCUACGACGUCACCUGCACCCUCUGAUGACGAUGACAUCGAAUCACCUCAGGGACAUAAAGGGCCCAAUUCACCUGGCACUGGCGUUGCUAUAGUACCGCCAAUGGCCGCCAUUUCGGCCUUUUCACUAUGUACUUUGUUAAUUACUAUGUGUAUGUAGUUGUCGCCAUAUUAAUAUCAUCUCCCAUACAUGCGCUUCCUCUAUCCAAAUCUUAUUUAAGGGAUUGAAAAUCUUUUACAUAAUUCGAAUAUGUUUUUUAUUGAUCAAUACGUUUAAAAACCUCAUGUAUCUUCAUGCGUGCAUUUUUUAAUAUUUCAGUUCCUCAUGAUCAAGUAUUUUGUAGUAAGUUUCUUAUAUUAGAAUUUAAGAACACUUUUUUCUUCAAUGGAAUCUCAUAUUUGAAACGCUUAUCAAACUAACAUCCUUUAAAUGGACCUAUUCUAGGUACUAAUACCUUGUUUAAGGUUCUCUCUUUCGAUAAUGUGCACUUCAUUCUCAACUCUAUUAUACAACAGUCCCUAGAACUGCCUUGAGUGACAUUUUAUAUAAUUAUGUAUUUUGUGUUUUGUUCGUAUGUAGAGCAUUUGAUGCCACCAAACUUUAUGUAAUUAGAAAACAUAAUUAUGGAAUUAAAAAAAUUAUAAUAAUAAGUGGAAUAAUCAUUAACUUGGAUUUAAUGUAUUUAUCAGUUAUUUGUUAAAAGUUUCUAUCCAGAAAUUUCCUACACUAGGAGCAGGCUGUGAAGCUGUAAAAAGCCGAAGCCGACAAUGGAGCUUACUAUUAUGAUUGUUUUAUCAUAUGCACGUAUCUAAGCUCUGUACUAUGAAUUACGAUAAUCGUUUAUGCUGUUAGUUUGCUUUAUUGAACUAGAUUUGUCAGUUUCAAUAAAUUGUAAAGGAACGAACAUAAAUACACGUUCAUUUUGUUACGUAACCAUGCAUAGUCCGUGUAAUAUUUAAAACAGAUAUUUUGAUAAAAAUAAAGUUUUAUAAAGAUACCGAGAAAGAAUGGAACCAAUGUUAACAGAUUUUAUAAAGAAUUAGACCGAUGUGAUAUAUCGAAAAUUAUUUUGGGUAUUAGAUUGAAAUCUGUGUUCGAAAAUGUUUAAUCCGUAAUGGGAUAAUUAGUAAUGAGACGAAGGUUUGUAAUUAUGUACAUAUCUACAAAUAUGUGUUAUCUCUAAGUACGCUGGUAACUGUUUUUGUGUCUUGAUAUUAGAUAUAAAAUGUGCAAUAUUAUCGUGUUUUGAUUGUUUUGAUUGUAUUAAAACCAAGAUGAUGAUCAAAA